AUGCAUACCGAAGGGGUUAUCCUAUCCUUGCUAUGCGGCUACUGGCCCGUCAUCCUCCUUUCAGCCUGCGCUUGCUGGGCAAUCAAUAACAAGUAUCACAACCGCCUGAACAAAUAUCCAUCCGCACAUUGGUUGGCCUCAUACACAGACUGGUGGCGAUUCUUCGAUGCUGCAGGCCGCGCAACAGAAAGAACUCAUAUUGCCGCCCACAGGAAGCAUGGGGACAUUGUUCGCCUUGGACCCAAUGUGUUGUCCUUCGCCGACCCUCGGUGCAUCCGCAUAAUUUAUGGACUGAACAAGGGCCUCACCAAAUCGGAUUUCUAUCCUGUCCAACAAGCGGUGGCCAAGGGAGUGCCGCUACAAUCGCUCUUCUCCACCAAGGACGAAACGUACCAUGCCAGAUACCGACGUUGCGUCAACUCCGCCUUUUCCAUGUCGUCCUUGGUCGAGUACGAACCGCUGGUGGAUAGCUCUUUGAAUGCAUUUGUAGAGCAGACAAGAAAACGCUAUUGCGAGACAGAUCGCGUCUGCAAAUUCUCGCAGUGGUUGCAGUUCUUCGCUUUCGAUGUGAUAGGAGAGCUCACCUGGAGCAAGCGACUGGGGUUUGUGGAACGAGAUGAGGAUGUCGAUGGUAUUGUCGCAUUCGUUCAGAGCUUCCUAAAGUACUCAGGACCCAUCGGCCAGCUGCCAAUACUCGACUCUCUCCUGCAGAAGAAUCCCAUAAGGCUACAACUGCAGAAAUGGGGAAUCGACAAAAAAGUUUUCGCAGUUACGAAAUUUGCUCUUCAACAAGCAGCAGAUAGAUCGGGCGAGAAGAGUCGAAGCCCAGCGGACGCUCAGCCGGGCGAUAGAGUCGAUCUCUACAGCAAGUUCCUACAGGCUCAACGCGAUCAUCCUGAUACCAUGACUGACAAACAGGUGCUCUCGUCCUGCACAAGCAUGAUUUUCGCAGGCUCAGAAACAACGGCCAUCAGCUUGAGCAGCGUAUUCACAAACCUACUGCGUUCCCCAAAAUCAUACAAGAAGCUCAUGCAAGAACUCGACCUCGCAGCCAGUAAUGGAACAAUCGAGAACAGGGAGAACAAGCGAGUAACCUGGUCCGAAAGUAUCAAAUUACCCUACCUAGACGCCGUCAUCCAGKAGUCCUUCCGAAUGCAUCCCGCGGCAGGUUUGAUCCUCGAGCGAGUCGUCCCGCCACRAGGGAUGGAUAUCUUAGGAGAGCAAAUCCCCGGCGGGACAAUUGUCGGCUGUAAUGCAUGGGUAUUACAUCGUAGAGAGGAGAUUUUCGGCUCUGAUGUCGACAUUUUCCGCCCUGAGCGCUGGCUUGAGGCUGGGCCUGAACAGCUGAAAGAGAUGAAGUCAUCCAUGUUCCAAUYUGGUGCCGGAGCACGCACAUGUAUCGGGAAAAAUAUAUCUCUCCUAGAAAUCUACAAGCUUGUGCCGACUUUCCUAAGGAAUUUUGAGGUGGAAAUGAUACAAGCUCCCAAGACGAUGAAUGCUUUUUUCGUCAGUAUUGAUUGCCACACCAAAUUUCGAGCGAGGAAAUCGGACAUAGCAUGA